UCUCUUACAACAGUUAUUUACAAGUGUUUGCCAAUUAAAUCCUCGAGGUAUGCCUCAUGGUGUCGUUUUCAAUACCACGGGGAGGGAUGCGCGCAAUACACGUUGCAGCUUCAAGGUCUGAAUUCGUUUUAUAAGACUGCAUACUGGCAGUUGUCGGCCAAAUUCUUCACAGCGCUGUCCGAACGAUUCCUCUUUAAAUUCCUAAAAGCAUGGCAGGUAUCGCUGGGCCGGGGGGAAAGCAAAUGGUCAAGUACAACCCUACUCAAAGUGAUGACAGGCAGAAAACUAUCGUACUCUUUGGGGAGACGGGAGCAGGCAAAAGCUCACUCGUCAACCUCAUGGCAGAAAAGGACGUGGCGUUAACAUCUGCUGACAUGCAACGCUGUACGUUGAAGUGGCAAGAGCAUCAUAUCAGCUUCGGCGGCGAGUCGUAUACGGUUUUCGAUACCGUCGGACUCGAGGAACCGCAGCUGGGAGUCAAGGAGUACCUCGAGACUGUCGAGAAUGCCUAUCGGCUCGUCAAAGAAUUGGACGAUCGAGGCGGUAUCGACCUGCUUUUAUUCUGCGUUCGCGCCGGCAGAGUCACUGCUACGCUUCAGAGCAAUUACCGGCUCUUUCACGAAUUCCUCUGCGAGAAGAAGGUUCCCAUUAUUCUUGCGAUAACAAACCUCGAAAGAGAGAAUAGGAUGGAGGACUGGUGGGAGAGAAACGAGAAAACUUUCAAACACUACAACAUCGACGUCGCUGGUCAUGCGUGCAUCACCGCGGCUAAUAGGUUGGACGGCAGACACAAAGACCUUUAUGAACAAUCGCGCACCACGAUGCGCAAGAUUGUUCAGGAGUACACUGCCGACGGGCGGAAGCCAGCAUGGACGGGAGGGGACAACCUGUUUGUGUCGCUGAUGCGUAGGCUGAAGGAGUUACUUUCAGGGGAGAGUGCGGCUGCCAAAAAGAAGGACUUAUUUUCAGGGGGUUCGCUUGUGAAAAGGAAGGAUCUUGUUCCUCGUCUCACGAAGCGUUUGGGGAUGUCUCAAGAAGUCGCGCAACAAUUGGCUGAUAUGAUCAAGAAAGACGCAGUUUGACUUUUCCUUUUCCUUUUCGAUAACUUAUGCUCAUCUGAUUGUAUACUCU